GAUUGUUUGUUAUCAUUAUUUCUGCAUUUUUACCGCAUAAUUAUUAUUUAUCAAAAUUAAUUUAACUGCAACUAUGUCCUCACGUUUGCGUCACUUAAAUCCCAAAAAGACUUUAUUCCUUUUGUGCGAUGUACAGGAAAAAUUUCGUACUGCUAUGCCGCUGUUUGACAAUUUGAUCAAAAAUGCUAACAAAUUAACAAAAGCUGGCAAAGAAUUGGAAAUCCCAUUAAUAGUUAGUGAACAAUAUCCCGAGCGUUUGGGAAACACUGUGAAGGACAUCGAUAUUAGUCAUGCUGAAGCCGUCGUAAGUAAGACUCGUUUUAGUAUGAUGGUACCAGAAAUAGAGGCUAAAAUUAAAGAGAUUUUUGGUGACAAACCUGACGAUGUCGUUCUAUAUGGUUUGGAGUCUCAUGUUUGCAUUGAACAAACUGCAAUUGAUUUUCUGGAGAAGAAUAUAAGGGUAUCAUUAGUAGCUGAUUGCUUGAGCUCUCGUUUGAACCAAGAUCGUGACUUGGCUAUAGAACGUUUGCGUUCGGCUGGCUGCAUAGUUACUACCAGUGAAAGUGUUAUUUUCGAUUUAUUACGUGAUAAAAACCAUCCCAAAUUCGAUGCUGUACGUAAAUUUGUAAAUAACCCAUCUGCUGACAUGGAAUUGGCUACUACAUCAAACUCUAAUUCCAAAUUGUAAAUAUGCGCAUUUACAGUGGGAGAUUUGUUAUGAUAAGCAAAAAAGUUAAAGCAUUUAGUAAAUUAAAAUGAACUACAUAUUGUUUUGUAGUAGUUUUAAUUAUACCCCUUGGACUUGGCAAUAUUAAAAUUAAACAUAAAACUUUUAUUUUAAUUUAAAAUAGGUUGGUACAUUAUGGUUUAAGCGAAAACAGACCCUAUUACUUCAUAGAAGCCAGUAAUGCACCGACUUUUUUUGGGAAAUUCAAAUUGUAAAUAAAAAGGUGAAUGAAAUAGUAAAAUUAA